GGGCGUGGUCUCUGGUUGGGGGCGUGGCCUCGCGGCUGCCGUGCUCGCAGUGCCCGACGCCGGGGCCGCAGCCUGCAGCGGUGGAGUCGGAAGGGAACCCGUGGCAGUGGGGAGACGAUGGGGAACGCCGCUGAGACAAAGCCGGGGCGGAGGCGGCGGUGAAACGGGAGCUCAGGUGAAGGAGGGAGGAAGAGGAAGGAGAAGGGGGGGCCGGGCUCCGCCAUGGCUACGAAUUUUAACGACAUCAUCAAGCAAGGCUACGUGAGGAUGAAGAGCAGAAAGCUGGGGAUCUACCGGCGGUGCUGGCUCGUCUUCCGCAAAUCCUCCAGCAAAGGGCCCCAGCGCCUGGAGAAGUACCCAGAUGAGAAGGCAGCGUGCCUGCGGGGCUGCCCCAAGGUGACCGAGAUCAGCAACGUCAAGUGCAUCACACGGCUGCCCAAGGAGACCAAGAGGCAGGCGGUGGCCAUCGUCUUCGCCGACGAUUCCGCACGUACCUUCACCUGCGAUUCGGAGCUGGAGGCUGAGGAGUGGUACAAGGCGCUGUCGGUGGAGUGCUUGGGCGCCCGUCUCAAUGAUAUCAGCCUGGGGGAGCCUGACCUGCUGGCGGCCGGCGUGCAGUGCGAGCAGACGGACCGGUUCAACGUGUUCCUCCUCCCCUGCCCCAACCUGGACGUGUACGGCGAGUGCAAGCUGCAGAUCACCCACGAAAACAUCUACCUCUGGGACACGCACAACCCGCGCCUCAAGCUGCUCUCCUGGCCCCUCUGCUCCCUGCGCCGCUACGGCCGCGACGCCACGCGCUUCACCUUCGAGGCGGGACGGAUGUGCGAUGCAGGAGAGGGUCUCUACACCUUCCAGACGCAGGAAGGCGAGCAGAUCUACCAGCGCGUGCACAGCGCAACGCUGGCCAUCGCCGAGCAGCACAAGCGGGUCCUGCUGGAGAUGGAGAGGAACGUCAGGCUGCUGAACAAGGGCAGCGAGCCCUUCUCCUACCCCUGCACGCCCACCACCAUGCUGCCCCGCAGCGCCUACUGGCACCACAUCACCGGCUCGCAGAACAUGGCCGAGUCCUCCAGCUAUGCCGGUGAGCCCUAUGCGGGCGCCCAGGCCGGCUCGGACACCGACCUCCUCGACAGGUUCAUCCUGCUGAAGCCAAAGCCCCCCGGCGGUGACCAACCUGAGAUCAGGGAGCCCACCUCGUCCCCGUGAUGGGGGGUGCUCUGCAGCCCCUUCCUUCCCUUCCAGGGGUGUCCGGGCCCUGGGAAGCGCAGAGCCCUUGUUUGCACAGAGAUGGCAUGGGGGCAUCCUCCGGGCCCGGCAGCCCGGCCUGAAGCUCCAGGAGGUGACGGCUGGCUGCGCUCAGUGACUUCAAAUAUAUAUUGCCUAUCCAUAUUAUACAGUCAGAUAUUUCCUUCUCACGCGGACGCAACGUUCAUCGCCCCCGAGGAGACCUCAGAAAGAGGAGAUGCUCACAGAGAUCUUCGGCUCUGGGGCUGGGAGAUGGAAAAGAGGCGGGGGCGAAGAGGUUGGGCCGAUUUUCUGCAGGUAGGAAGGAAGGACGGCACUGCCCGGCCGUGGCACUGCGCCCAGCUCACGUGGCACUUUGCAGAGAGCUCUGAACGCUGCAGGAUUGGGAUGUCUCAGGAGAAACUGGUUGUCCUUCUGCACCGAGGCCUCGGGCCGGGCUGGGGGCUGAGCUUUGUACCCCAACCCACACAUGUGCCACCAUUGUGCCCGCUUGCCGGGGGCAACCCAGGCACUGACUGUGGCCAGUAGCAGCCAGCGGGGAGCAGUGGGAGCAGGGGAGCUGGGCUUAAUGGACUGAACUGAAAAGCAAUUGAUUUUCUAGUUCUCCUAUUUAUUGAACUCCUUUAGAAGGGCUAUCUUUUUAUUGCAGUGCAACCCUCGGUGUUUCUUUCUUCUUUCGGUCUGGUUUGGUUGGUUGGUGGUUUUAUUUCCUCCCUGAAAGCUCCAGGUGUGUGCUUUGGGAGCAGGGAGCGUUGUGAUGUGGGAACCUGUGGUCUGUGGCCUGUAAAUACUGUGUGUUGGGUCUGUGUAGCUUGUGGAUGGGGCUGGGGAGCUGCGGGUGCAUAUGGGUCCCUGGGCACUGGCCACCCUCUGGUCAGGGGUGUAACCUGCUCUUUUCCUGGCUGCACGCCUCGUCUGGAAAAGAUUUCACAUUUAUUACCAAAAAAUAUUCGGGUUUUCUUUUUUUUUUUUCUCUU